AUUCUGCCGCUAGGAGAUUUUGUUUCAUACAAUGCGGUUCAUAAUACUUGACAAAGAGGCGCCGAAAGAGGAGUUUUGCUCGUGGUUUUUAAAUCAAUAAUUGAUAUUCUUAGAAAUAAUCAAUACAUUUGUAUAAUAGACAUCUUACAGAAUGUCUUCUCUAACUAAGCCAAAGUCCGAGAUGACGCCGGAGGAGUUAGCAAAGAGAGAGGAAGAAGAAUUCAACACCGGACCUCUCUCAGUUCUUACUCAAUCUGUCAAAAACAACACACAGGUACUAAUAAAUUGUAGGAACAACAAGAAGCUUCUGGGAAGAGUUAAAGCAUUUGACAGACAUUGUAAUAUGGUUUUGGAAAAUGUAAAAGAGAUGUGGACAGAACUUCCACGUACUGGAAAAGGGAAAAAAAAGGCAAAACCAGUAAACAAAGAUAGAUUUAUCCCCAAGAUGUUUCUACGUGGAGAUUCUGUAAUCUUAGUUUUAAGGAAUCCAUUAGCCACUGCGGCAGGAAAGUAAUAAAGACUCUUCUAUCAAAUCAUCAAUUCUCAUCAAUUCUCAUCAAAUACAUUAAGGAUAAUUCUUAACUGUUAUAAUCUAAGGUGCACUGGUAAUAAAUGCUGCGCUUUGAAUAAAGCUUUUAUAUAUAUAUAUAAUAUAUAUAUAAUAUAUAUAUAAUAAAGUA